UCAGUAGAUAAUUUUAUUGUAUAUUUUCAUGGUUUAUUGUUUGAUGAUCAUGAGGAGAAAGUCGUGAAUAAUUUUGAUGAGUUAGUUAAUGUUUGGAAAGAAAUAGAAAUACUUCAACAUCACAAUAAAAUUAAGAAACCGGGCGUUAGCGAAUUCACUAAAGAUAUGUUAGAAAAACUUUUAAAAGUAGUAAAGGUUCCACCUAAAAUUAACCAAAUCAACAUUAAACCAUGUGAAUUACCUAAGGAUAUGGACAAUUUCGCAAAAGAACAUGGGAUAGAAUUAUUAUUCCAUCGCGAUCCUAAAG